AUGAGGAACGAAGCAUAUCCCAUGCAAGAACACGCUCGAUCUUCUCCUUUCGACUUCAGCAACCCCAGAUACAAUAAUAUUCCUGAAGCCCCGACAAACCCUCCAAGCUACGACGAAGUAAUGAAAGCAGAAACUUCCAGCCGGUCGUGUAUUGAUCCGCGAGGCUGGUCCUUGCGAAAAUGGCUUAUCUUUGCUGCCUGCGCUGUGAUAAUUAUUGUCGCCGUGGUUGUGGGAGCAGUUGAAGGCACAAAGGUCAAUAAAUAUCCUAAUUACUCCAAACUGAGUUACUCGCUGGUCGAUACAUACUCCGGUACUUCUUUUUUGACAACUUCGAAUACUAUACCGCGACCGAUCCAACCAAUGGCUUUGUACAACUCAGCAACGGCAUCGCAGUACAAUUUGACAUAUGCGUCAGAGACAUCCGCCGUGCUCAGAGUUGAUACUUCCUUAACCGGCUCCUCUUCAACCGACACAUCUACAUCCGAUUCCUCCACACAAACCAGUACCACUAAUCAGCAAUCUCAAUCAAAUCAGCAAUCUCAAUCAAAUCAGCAAGGCCAAGGCGGCCAAUCAAAUCAUCAAAAGCGUGACUCAACCGGCCGCAUGUCAGUGCGCAUUACUUCUACUAACACGUACGAUAAUGGAUUAUUUGUAUUCGACGUCGUUCAUGCUCCAUAUGGAUGUGCGACAUGGCCAGCGUUAUGGCUGAGCGACCCCAGCAACUGGCCGGAUAAUGGUGAAAUUGAUGUUAUGGAGUCAAACAACAAUGGGACACACGGAAACGCAAUGACCCUGCAUACAUCCAGCGGAUGUAAGAUGAAUGUCAAGCGGAAAGAAACGGGUACUGCAAAAUACAAAGACUGCCUCAACACGGCCAAUGACAACUCGGGAUGCAGUGUCGAAGGCAAAACGGCGACGUAUGGGGAAGCCUUCAAUAAGAAUGGAGGAGGUGUAUAUGCGAUGGAACUACGAGAUGCUGGAAUUCGAGUGUGGAUGUUCGCCCGCAGCGACAUACCUUCCGAUCUGUCCAAUUCCUCAACACCAGACCCCUCAUCAUGGGGCGAAGCUUUGGCUGAUUUCCCCAGCACUAACUGUGACAUCAGCUCACAUUUCAAGAACCAGAGUAUUAUUGCAAAUAUUGAUAUUUGUGGUGAUCUGGCUGCGGCUACCAGCUACUAUACAGAUCUCUAUAACUGUCCAGAUACUUGCACAACAUGGGCAGCUACAUCUGCAGCCAACUUCACUAAUGCCUACUGGGAGUUCAAUAGCUUCAAGGUUUAUCAAUCAAAAUAG